CAGAGAGGGGAAAAAGAAUAAAUGGCAGAAUUUAACAAAAUUGGGAAGCAUUUUGUUCUAGUCCAUGGUGCAGGAGGAGGAGCUUGGGUUUGGUACAAGGUCAAGCCACGCCUUGAGGCGAACGGCCACCGAGUCACGGUGCUAGACAUGGCAGCUUCAGGGAUGCACCGUAAGGCAUUCCAAGAGGUUCAUACAUUUAAUGAGUAUAAUGAGCCUCUAAUGGAAUUUAUGGCCUUAUUAGAAGAAAAUGAGAAGGUUAUAUUAGUGGGUCAUAGCUUAGGAGGCAUGAAUUUAGCUUUAGCUAUGGAGAAAUACCCACAAAAGAUUUCUGUUGCUAUUUUUGUAACAGCUGUUUUGCCGGAUACCUUGCACCAACCAUCCUAUGUUUUUGAGAAGCUACAUGAGAGAGCUCCAGAAGAUGCAGGAGUUGAUAAUCAAAUUUCAUGGGAAGAAACGAGCUCUGAACCAAUUGCAUGGGUACACUUUGGUCCCAAAUUCUUGGCCUCUAUGAUCUUUGAUCAAAGCCCCAUUGAGGAUCUUGCGCUGGGGAAAAUUUUAUAUAGACCAUCAUCAUUUUUCGUAGCAGAUUUAAUUAAGGCCAAAAAGUUGACCAAUGAAAAAUAUGGAUCUGUUAAGAGAGUUUAUAUCAUCUGCGACGGUGACAAAGUGGUACCAGUGGACUUCCAACGCUGGGUCAUUCAGUACAGUGGGAUCCAAGAUGUUAUUGAGAUCAACGGUUCAGAUCAUAUGCCAAUGGCAUCCAAGCCACAGCAACUCUCCCAACAUCUACUAGACACGGCACAUAAAUUUGCUUAAAUAUAUCUUUUUGGUCAAAUUAUUAUUAUAAAAUAUUCUUAUCUCCCCUUAGCUCUGCUCAUUAUCAUCCAAGCUACUUAAAUUUUCAUUAUUAGUGAAAUUCUGCA